AUUAAUGCAGCCAUACGGCGGCGCAGGAAAACCGGAGCCGAGCGUCGAGGCUUAAAGAGACAUCAGUGAGAAAGCGGAGAAAAAAAUGAGCACGGCUUCAAGAAAACGGCGAUAAAACCCCGGUAAACGGCGGGGAUGGAGCUUAACACUCACAGCUGCUAGAUGUUCUGGAGAGUUCUGAAUGGUUCCUGCCAAAGCUGACCGGCGGCUUACAAGACUGUACGGCUUGAGGAAUGUCCGAAGCAGUUUUGGAGAUUCACCAAGAGGAGAGGAUGACGAGGAUGGAUCCUGCCAGCAGGCCUGGUCUCGGCUGCAGUAGCUAGGAUUGUACGGUGGAGAAGUUGCGAUCGCGUCUGUUGGAGCAUGUUCCCUGAAGUUGGCGUUGGUUUUUGAGAAGAAUGCGAAACCUGGAGACACCUCUGGAGUAUCUGCUUUAAACUGGAUGUUUAUUCUUCAUAAACCUGCAAGAUAUCCCAACUCAUUGGCUAUUAAAGCAACAGUUGGUAACCCCAUAAUCCUCUGAAUUCCACUCCUCCAUCCCGCCUCCCCCCAUUCCCCUAUCACUCGACGUUUUGGUGGCUCUGUGAUUUUAUGGCAGUGGAGUAAUCGUGGAGAGGCCAGGGUAUCACAAGCUUAUGGAUUUUGAUAAGAGAGGUGGAGGAGGGGGGAAGGGGGAGGUGGAGGAAGGGAAGAGAAUGUCUAAGACUGGAAGCAGGACAGGUCAUGGGAGCCGAAGCUCCACCACCAAUUCGGGGGUUCUCAUGGUCGGCCCCAACUUUCGGGUUGGGAAGAAGAUCGGCUGUGGGAAUUUUGGCGAGCUUCGGCUCGGCAAGAACCUCUAUACCAACGAAUAUGUGGCCAUAAAACUGGAGCCGAUCAAAUCCAGGGCACCUCAGCUCCACCUCGAGUACAGGUUCUACAAGCAGUUGGGGAAUUCAGAGGGCGUUCCUCAGGUGUACUAUUUUGGUCCGUGUGGGAAAUAUAACGCCAUGGUUCUGGAGCUGCUGGGGCCCAGUUUGGAGGACCUGUUUGAUCUGUGUGACCGAACCUUCUCCCUCAAGACUGUCCUCAUGAUCGCCAUCCAGCUGAUCACACGGAUGGAAUACGUACACACCAGGAGUUUGAUCUACAGGGACGUCAAGCCUGAGAACUUCCUGGUGGGCAGGCCCGGCAGCAAGCGGCAGCACACCAUCCACAUCAUUGACUUUGGGCUGGCCAAAGAGUACAUCGACCCCGAGACCAAAAAACACAUCCCCUACCGGGAACACAAGAGCCUGACUGGAACUGCACGCUACAUGAGCAUCAACACACACCUGGGCAAAGAGCAGAGCAGGCGAGAUGACUUGGAGGCUUUGGGUCAUAUGUUCAUGUAUUUCCUGCGGGGCAGCCUGCCCUGGCAAGGCCUGAAGGCUGACACACUGAAAGAGCGCUAUCAGAAAAUAGGAGACACAAAAAGAGCGACUCCCAUUGAAGUGCUGUGUGAAAGCUUCCCAGAAGAAAUGGCCACCUACCUGCGUUAUGUGAGAAGACUGGACUUCUUUGAGAAACCGGAUUAUGAUUAUUUACGCAAACUCUUCACGGACCUUUUUGACAGAAAUGGCUACGUCUUCGAUUACGAGUAUGACUGGGUCGGCAAAACUCUGCCAACACCAAUAGGACCCAUUCCCAGUGACACACCACUUCAGCCCAGCAGAGAUAAAGCACAGCAGCAGACCAAAAACCAGUCGCCAGAACCCAAAGGAAGUGAAUCCCAGCCGACUCCUGUCACCAACAGAGAGCUCCUGGGGUCGCACCUCACAGCUGAUAGGCUGGGGGGCUCUGUCCAGGUAAUGAGUUCCACGAACGGUGAGGUGAACACAGAUGACCCCACAGCAGGUCAUUCAAACGCCCCUAUUACUGCCCCUGCUGAGGUGGAGGUCGCCGACGAUACAAAGUGCUGUUGCUUUUUCAAGAGGAGGAAGAGGAAAGCGCUUCAGCGGCACAAGUGAGGAAGAUGAGACGGCCCGAGGGACGUUCCAGCACUCACAGACACUGUGCUGCAGUCUCAAUCAAAACCACACAAACCUACGACUGAGUUUAAUACAGGAACAUGACUGGAGCUGAGGGCGUGGCCAGCUUUCUUAUUUUUGUGUGUGUAUGGAUGUAUGUGUGUGCAAUUUCUGAACGCUCGAGAACUGAACUGCGAAAAACACACACACACACACACACACACACACACAUAUUUACACACAAAUACACACACACACACACACAUAUUCACACACACUGCCUCUGGUGCGGUGUCACAGAGGAGAACCCCUGCUGCCGUCUUUUAAAGGAAGCGCUGAGAGGAAUAUAGGAAGUAUAUUUGUACCACAGGUGGAUCGCGAGCGGAGACUGAGCUAAACGCAGAUGGACGCUUUAAACUUGUAUUUUAGAUCACAUGGAAAAAAGAAACCUCUAUCGGAAGAUUUAAUGACAAAAAAAAAAUGUCUAAUCACACACACACACACACACACACACACACACACACACACACACAUUGUGGAUGAGUAAGAGAUGUACUCCAUGUUUUUAAUUUUAUGGGAUCAAAGAGUGAAAGGUGAGAACGCCGUGCCCCCCCACAGUCUGCUUCUGUGAAUUGGUCCUUUUUUUUUUUUUUUGUAAUUUAAAAUGAAGUUGUUUUUGAAGCUCGACGGACCCGGAGUUAAAAAGUUGUGUUUGUGUGUGUGUGUGUGUGUGAAUGUGUGUGUGUGAAUGAUACCCCACCUCCUCCCCCUUUCCUUCUUUAACAAUUGACUUGAGUGGUCUAUUUUUGAUGCCCCACAGAUGCUCAAAUCACUUUCUCUUAAAUGUCCAUUAAAUGCAACUGAAUUCUUAGUUGAAUGGAAAUGAUCCUUUAUUGAAUCGAACCCAACACCUAAUCCUAACCACACCAUAUUAGUUUUUUUUUUUAAGGUUUAAAUUGUAAGGUUAAAGUUAAGGCCCUUUCUUAAUGAGGACACAUUUUUUCUGAUAUAAUGUUUAAAGUUCAGUAAAACCUUCACACAAAAUGUUUUUUAAUAAUUUUUGUGACACGGUUUUGUAUUUUGCUGUCUGAAAACAGGGCUACACACUCCAUAGCUCUCAUAAAUGUCCAUUUAUUAAUUUUAUACGUUAUUUUUCUUUUAUCUGCUCUUCAUUUUGCUUUAUCUCUCUCUAUCUGUUGCAAAAGUUCUUUUUUUCGACGAGAAAAACAGCAAAACAACAGUAAUCGGCCCUUUAAUCAGGCAUUUAAAUGGAUUUUUAAAAGGUAAAUAAGAGUUUUUUUCUGGGAUUAAAAUAUCUGCGCCGCAGAACGGUGCAGGACUGAGGUGCACAGUUUUCUAUACAGCGUUUACAAGCACGUGCCCGACCAUGUAAAUGUAAAUGAAGGCCAUGCGGUUACCUCGUGCUUACUCCUGUAUCGCUGUAUCCUGAUAUUGUUCUCAUAGGCAAUGUAUCGUGUGGUAUCAUAAUAUGAGAAGCCCUGUGAUUCCCACGCCUGCUCAUUUCUUUGGCACAGAUAGCUCAAAAGGCACCUGUUCUGUGUGUGUGGUGCUUGUAUGUGUGGGAAGUCGCAGCCUGCUGUUUCCUGAUUGGCUGGACACAUUAAAGUUGAGCUCUGCUGAACUUUUUCGCCAGACUGCGAGGCUGCGUGGACACGUACAGUUUGAUUUGGGGUUGGAUUUUAUUCACAGGGUUCGUACGGUCAUUAAAAAAAACCUGGAAAAGUCAUGUAGUUUUAAAAUAGCUAUUUCCAAGCCUGGAUGAGUUUUUGAAAACUAAAAAUACCCAGAAAGUUUUAGAAAAGUCUUGGAUAUUAGGUCUACAAAUCUUUUUUUUUUUUUUUUAGUUUAUUGAUGGAGAAAAUCUGUGAAAAUCUGCUGUGAACAUCACCUUUUAGUGAUGUGGGGAGAGAGCUCCAUCUACCCACCCGGAGGGAGCAGGGCCAAUUUUGCUCUCUCUGAGCGUCGGCAGCUUAAUGGCAAAGCUGCAUGAGCGGGGGUUCGAACCUGCGACCUCCUGCUUAUAGUGGCAGCGCUUUAGACCACUGGACCACUCGGCACCCUCGAUUUUAGUUUUGAUUAUAGUUUUAGUGAUUUUUUUUAAUUUUUUUUUUAGUCCAUGUCUGCAUUGAUGUUUUCAUGAACUUAAUGAAAUAAUCAUGAAAGUGUAUUGGUUAAAACGUGUAUGAACUCUGAUUCAGAAUCAUUGAGAAUCAUUCAGCUUCAGAGUUCAGUUGCAUUUAGCAGAUAUUCAGUUGAAUGUUCAGCAUCUAUGAGUCAUCUAUAAUGGACUAUUCAAAUAAAGUGACAAUUAAAUUUUUAUUUCAUCUCUCUCGUCGGUUAUGUGCAAACAGCAGGUAACAAUGGGGCCAAUUUGUGACACAAACAUUGUAUUAUUAUUUUUAUUGAAACAGAGACUUCAGUUUAAAUAUUUGAGCUGUUAUCUUGUUAUCCCACCACUGAAACCCUUAUUCACUUCUGUCGUCCAUUUUCCCGUCUACUUCCUGUGAAUGUGGGUGGUGCGAUGUGGGUGGUGUGGCCAAAAUUUGAACAAAAUUGAAAUGAUCAGAUUGAAUGCGUGUUUGCUGUUUACACUGCCACACAGAAAACACAUCUGUCACAUAUGAACCAAAAAGAUCAGAUUUGGAUCUCUUUUACCUGCUGUGUGAACAUAGCCUUAUUACGUUUCCGUUUCCCCUCCCCCUCCCUGUGGAUGUGGUGGUGUGGCACAGUGGCUGGUCUCAGGUACUGUGGAGGACGGAGAGGACGACUUGGCAUCUCUCAUUGCUUUUAUUUUUUUGUUAUUUUUUCAAUUGCACUUUGAAAAGGAGGAGAAACGAGAAAAUAUUAAUGUUUUAACAAAGGAAAUUCCACUAAUGUUCAGAUUUCUUCUAGAAUCUGUAAAAAGUCAGUCAGAUUCUGAGUCUGGGUUUGGGUUUGGUGUGAAAUUGUGCUUUGUUUUAGAGAAAUUACCAUUACCGUUUUAUUUACAGGUGCAUCUCAAAAAAAUAUAUAUAGAGAAUAUCAUUGAAAAGUUACUUUAUUUCAGUAAUUCAGUUCAAAAUGUGAAACUCAUAUUUUAUAUAGAUGUAUUAAACACAGAGUGAUCUACUGUAAGUGUUUAUUUUAUCUUUUAUUGUUGAUGAUUAUGGCUUACAGCUAAUGUAAUUUUUCCAGUGUGGGCAGUGUGCCAAGUCCUGCUGGAAAAUGAAAUCUGCAUCUCCCUAAAAGUUGUCAGCAGAGGGAAGAAUAAAGUGUGAAGUUUCCACAAUCAGUGAUGGUUUGGAGAGACAUGUCAUCUGCUGGUGUUGAUCCACUGUGUUUUAUUAUCAAGUCUAAAGUCAGUGCAGUUUUGUUUUCCUACAAAAUCUUACAGCACUUCAUGCUUCCCUCUGCUACUGACAACUUUUAUGGAGAUGUGGAUUUCAUUUUCCAGCAGGACUUGGCACACUGCCCACACUGCCAAAAGUACUAAUUGGUCUUAAAUAAUAUUCUAAUUUUCUGAGACACUGAUUUUUGGGUUUUUAUUAGCUGUAAGCCAUAAUCAUCAACAAUACAAGAAAUAAACACUUAAAAUAGAUCACUCUGUGUGUAAUACAUAUAUAUGAUUUAUGAGUUUCACAUUUUGAACUGAAUUACUAAAAUAAAGUAACUUUUCAAUUCUAUUCAUAUUUUUUGAGGCAACAUGGUAAAAUAGUGUAUCAUGAUAUAUUUAAAGAGAUGUUCACAGUAUUUAUCAUGAUAUGUGUAUUUACAGUCAAAAUGCUUCAGUAGUGACGUGUUUUUUUUAAAUACUCUUCCAUACUGAGUACAUAAUUUCUAUUCAAAAUAUACUACAAUUUAUCCAGUUAAACCAAUUAUAACUAAAUACACUCUCUGUAAUGAAAUGUAAAGAUUCGGUCAGUGUUCCCUGAGCUCUAGUAUUAAUAACCUUAAUAUUAUUUAAAAAAUAUAUAUAUUAGGAAAUCAUCAUAUUGCCCACCUCUUAUCUAAGCCAUCCAGAGAAAGGCUUCUUUGAGACUUUAUAAACAAAAAUCACUAUUUAUUUAAGAGCUGUAAGUGGAAAGGAACCUUUAAAUAGUUAUGAAACUUUUUUUUAUAUUGACUUGAUGAAGGUUCUUCUCUUAAACACAUUUUACAAAACGUUUCAUUGUAGAACCAACAUUGGAUCUUUUUUUUUUUGGAACCUUUGGAAAUGGUUCCAGUCUAUUUGUGAACAGCCUUUUAACUGGUUAGGAACCUUUAUAUUGAUUCCUCAAGCCUUUAUCAGGUUCUCUACAAAAAAUAUAAUUAAACCAGAACCAGAAACGGUUCUUCUGUGGCAUUAGUCAAUGAUUCUGUUAAGUCAACUUAAGACUUAAGUCAAAAUAAGAGGUUGUUUAAGAAAUGCAGGAGAAUAACUCUUAAGAUUUCAUUUUUGAGGAAGCUCUGAGUGAAAAACCUUUAAAUAAUUAUAGAAACCUUUUAUACAUUGACUUCUUUAGGCUUUUAAAUGGUUCUUUGUGCAUAUAUAUAUCGUUUUACAGAAAUUUUAAGUUUAUUAAACUGUUUAUUUCCCAUUAACAAAACUGAACCAUCUCACUGAGACCUGUGAGAGAUGGUGGUCUUGGUCCAGUCCCAAACCAACUAGUGCAGUUCUAUUUGUGGUGAGAAUGUGAUCCAACCUGAGUAUUAUUUAUACUCCUCAUGUUUGAGCUAAACAGCUGUUCAGGUGCAUUUUAACCUGAUUUAUUACCCAGAUAAUUACUACACCUAUAAUCUAUUGCCAUCUCUGCUGCUGCUUCAUGCUGAACUACAUUUUAAUAUGUGCUAGUCCAGAGCGCAACAUAGACCCUCUUCCUGUAUUUACUUUAUUAACCCCGCCCCAGAAUGCUCUGACCAAUAAGCAGAGAUAAUAGGACAAUGUGGUUGUUUAUGACACAUAAUUUUUCUCUUCUUGCAGUUUACCUUGUGUCAAUCCAAACCAAACUAAACCAAGAGGAAAACGCUUUAAGCUAACAAACCUGUUAACUAAUGCAGACAAAUGAAACUGUGAAAAAGUAAAAACUCUCUUAAACAACCUUUUAUAUCAAUUACUUUACCACAAGAUAGAAAUUAUUUGUACUGUUUACACUUACAGCUCACUAACAAAUAGAGCAAAGACCCUUUACUGGUCAAAAACAAUUACAUAUUCCUCUUUAAACCUAUGAAAUGUAAUUUACACAUACACAAUUGUUUUUUUGUGGAAACAGAAAUAUUAACACAUGCUAAUUUUUUUAAGUAUUUUAAGAGUGUACCCAGUACUCUUAAGGCUAUGUUUUCCUUACAGUUGAGAAUCUCCUUUCAAAAGGCUUUUCCUGGACCCACAAAAAAAAAAUCACUUUUUUUUUUUUUUUUUUUUACAUUAGUAAAGAUGCUUUUAAACGUUUUUCUUUACACUCAACAUUUUUCAGGUUCUUGUUCUCUAUUGUUUUUGUCUUUUAAUACAGAGGUCUUUAGAUCUGGGCCUUGAAUCUGGUUUCCAGAUUUUGUUCUCACUGAAAGUUAACAGAACAGUUGAUGUGAUUUAUUGCCCUGUUUACACCUGGUCCCUUGUUGUGACUGAUUAGUAUUGAAUGCGUCUCUGAAAGUCGACCUCUUGAAGCGGUUUGAAUUAUCAAAUUUAAAUCUCUUGAGUUUAUCCACAAAUAAUCCUGAUAUUUAAACCCUGUUUACACCUGAUCACUUUAAGUGUUUUAAGUUUCAUAUCUACCACAAAUUACAAAAUCCCAGACUGGAAACUGGAUUCAGGGUCUGAAGAUGUGAAGACCUGUGGUACUGUUGUAUUGUUUGAAGGACCUUUUGCGGCACAUACAGGUGCAUCUAAAAAAAAUAUAUAUACCAUAGAUGUAUUACACACAAAGUGAUCUAUUUUUUUUAAGUGUUUAUUUAUUUUAAUAUUGAUGAUUAUGGCUUACAGCCAAUGAAAACCCAAAAUACAUAAUCUCAGACAAUUAGAAUAAUAUUAUAUAAGACCAAUUGGUAUUUUUGGCAGUGUGGGCAGUGUGCCAAAUCCUGCUGGAAAAUGAAAUUCGCAUUUUUCACCACUGAUUUUUGGGUUUUCCUUGGCUGUAAGCCAUAAUGAUCAACAAUAAAAGAAAUCAACGCUUAAAAUAGAUCACUCUGUGUGUAAUACAUCUGUAUGAUAUAUGAGUUUCACAUUUUUUAAACUGAAUUAUUGAAAUAAAGGCAUCAUUUUAUGCAUCAGGUAGUGUAUUUAUCAGGUUUAAUACUUAAAUAAAUCUCUGAGAAGCUUUUAGAGCAUCAGAUGUUCAACAUUUCACACCGAAUCCACUCUGACUUGACUCUGUUCACACCUAAACUGGUUUAUUCUGCGUAGAAUUUGGAUUAUUUGUGGAAUUAUCCUUGUUGCUGAUCAUUUCUACAGCAGGAACAUAUGUUCUGACGUUCUGAUAUUUUCUAGGUUUGAUAUGGAUGAUGAUUUGUGCUUUUUUUUUGUUGUUUUUGUUUCGUUUUUUUCCCUCCAUAUUAGUUUACAUUACUGGGAAACAUAGUUCGUGCCUUUCCAAGUAAAAAGACGUUUAACACUAACGUGUCCCUCUCCGAGACUCGUACCCAGUUCAGGUGUCCUCUGCCCUCUAGAACCUUCUCUCUCUCUCUCUCUCUCUCUCUCUCUCUCUUUUUGUUGGGUCUCCACUGUGCGGUCGGUCGGUCAGUCAGUCAGUCGAUUGGUUGGUUCAGGGCCAUUAAAUGGAGUCAGUUGGCAUUGACUUUCUUUCACUGUUGUAAAUUGCAUCAUAGUUAGCUUCACAGGAAAUGAGUAUAUGGGUUUAUAAACUUUAACAGAGGUUGCCUAUCAGAGUGAGGAUGUAUGAGGAUUUACAUACCUAUUAAAUGUUGCUUUUUUUUCUUCUA